GGAGAUUGAACUCACAUUCUGACGUUUCAAUUUCAUAGAUAAUAUGGGAAGGCGUUGUAGAAGAAAGCUCAGUGGCCGAAAUUGAAAUUGUGUUUAAUGACGGCAACUAAAGUAAUAAGUCGAGUUUAAAGCCGCUACAUGAAAUUUUACUUCUAGUAGUAUCGCUAUAGUUUGGUGUCGCAAUCUUAUACAUAUAAGUGGAAGAAAAGGCAUAAAACUGGUGUUCGAUAAGUCUCUUGGCAAUAUGCCUGCCGUCAGGGGAGAUGGAAUGCGAGGGCUCGCAGUUUUCAUAUCGGACAUUAGAAACUGCAAAAGUAAAGAAGCAGAAAUCAAAAGGAUCAACAAAGAACUGGCUAACAUACGUAGUAAGUUCAAAGGCGACAAAACUCUCGAUGGCUACCAGAAAAAGAAGUACGUCUGUAAACUGCUAUUUAUCUUCUUAUUAGGUCACGAUAUUGAUUUUGGUCAUAUGGAAGCUGUAAACUUAUUAUCGUCCAACAAAUAUUCGGAGAAACAAAUAGGAUACUUAUUCAUAUCAGUGCUGGUCAACACCAAUAGUGAUCUCAUCAAACUUAUCAUUCAGAGCAUCAAGAAUGACCUACAGUCUCGAAACCCUAUUCAUGUGAAUCUCGCCUUGCAAUGUAUAGCCAAUAUUGGCAGCAAGGAUAUGGCUGAGGCGUUUGGUACUGAGAUUCCUAAAUUGCUAGUAUCUGGGGAUACCAUGGAUGUUGUUAAGCAGUCUGCAGCUCUCUGUCUUUUAAGAUUAUUCCGAAAGUCACCUGAAAUUAUCCCUGGUGGUGAGUGGACAUCUAGAAUAAUACAUUUGUUAAAUGACCCACAUAUGGGUGUUGUGACAGCAGCUACAUCGUUGAUAGAUGCACUUGUAAAGAAGAAUCCUGAAGAAUAUAAGGGAUGUGUCACACUAGCUGUAGCUAGACUAAGCAGAAUUGUGACAGCUAGCUAUACAGACUUGCAAGAUUAUACUUACUAUUUUGUUCCGGCACCUUGGCUAUCAGUAAAACUUUUGAGAUUACUGCAGAACUAUACUCCACCCUCGGAAGAGCCAGGUGUAAGAGGACGCCUGUCUGAAUGUUUGGAGACUAUUUUCAACAAAGCCCAGGAACCACCAAAAUCAAAGAAAGUUCAGCACUCAAAUGCAAAAAAUGCAGUCCUCUUUGAAGCUAUAAGCUUGAUAAUACAUAAUGACAGUGAACCAAAUUUGUUAGUACGGGCUUGCAACCAGCUUGGGCAGUUUUUGAGUAACCGUGAGACCAACCUCAGAUAUUUGGCACUUGAAUCCAUGUGUCAUCUUGCUACAUCUGAAUUUUCUCAUGAAGCUGUGAAAAAACAUCAAGAAGUUGUUAUACUUUCAAUGAAGAUGGAGAAAGAUGUAUCUGUACGUCAACAAGCCGUUGAUUUACUGUAUGCAAUGUGUGACAAAACAAAUGCAGAGGAAAUUGUGCAGGAAAUGUUGGCAUAUUUGGAAACUGCUGAUUAUUCUAUUAGAGAGGAGAUGGUGUUGAAAGUUGCUAUAUUAUCAGAGAAGUAUGCUACUGAUUUCACGUGGUAUGUAGAUGUUAUUUUGAAUCUUAUUAGAAUUGCAGGGGAUUAUGUUUCUGAAGAAGUUUGGUAUAGAGUCAUUCAAAUUGUAAUAAACAGAGAAGAAGUUCAAGGGUAUGCUGCUAAAACUGUCUUUGAAGCUUUACAAGCCCCAACAUGUCAUGAAAACAUGGUUAAGGUAGGGGGGUACAUCCUUGGAGAGUUUGGUAACCUAAUAGCUGGUGACACUCGCUCUUCACCACAAGUUCAAUUUGAACUUCUUCACUCCAAGUAUCAUCUUUGUUCAGCGGCUACUAGAGCUCUGUUGCUGUCUACAUACAUCAAACUGGUUAAUUUGUUCCCAGAAAUUAAAAAUAGAGUACAAGAGGUAUUCAGGGCAGAUUCUAAUUUACGUUCAGCUGAUGUGGAGCUACAACAGAGAGCAUCAGAAUACUUGCAGUUAAGUAUAGUUGCUAGUUCUGAUGUACUGGCAACAGUUUUGGAAGAAAUGCCUGCAUUCCCAGAAAGAGAAUCAUCUAUAUUAGCUGUAUUGAAAAAGAAAAAACCAGGACGCAUACCUGAUGAGGUAAGAGAAUCAAAAAGCCCUCUACCCAAUAUUACUCCAGCUCCAAUAAUAAAUAACAUCGCAAACACAAACAGCUCUAGUGCUGACCUUCUUGGAUUAUCUACACCACCUGGCACUAAUGCUAAUGCUACUGGAAAUGGCUUAUUUGAUGUUCUUGGUGAUCUGUAUACCACUCCUAAAAUCAGCCCAACUACAGUACAGCAAAAUAAUAUCAAGAAAUUUUUAUUCAAAAAUAAUGGAGUACUCUUUGAAAAUGACCUCAUACAAAUUGGUGUGAAGAGUGAGUUUAGACAGAAUUUAGGGAGGAUUGGUUUAUUCUAUGGCAACAAAACGCAGUCCCCAAUUCAAAAUGUCCACCCUGAAUUACACUGGAAUGAUUUACAUAAGCUGAAUGUCCAGAUGAAGCCUAUGGAACCUGUACUGGAAGCAGGUGCUCAAAUACAACAGAUGUUGACUGCAGAAUGUAUUGAAGAUUUCCAUGACACAGCCAGCAUGUCCGUAUCUUUUGUUUAUAAUGGUGUUCCACAAAAAAUCUCUAUGAAGCUUCCACUCACACUCAAUAAAUUUUUUGAACCAACUGAAAUGAAUGGAGAAUCAUUCUUUGCUAGAUGGAAAAACUUAGGUGGUGAGCAGCAAAGAGCUCAGAAAAUUUUCAAGGCUCAGGGUUCUAUUGAUUUAGCUGCGGCACGUACAAAACUGUCUGGCUUUGGUAUGCAGCUACUGGAUGGGAUUGACCCUAAUCCUGACAACUUUGUUUGUGCAGGCAUAGUGCACACAAGGAUGCAACAAGUAGGAUGUCUCAUGAGAUUAGAACCUAACAAGCAAGCUCAAAUGUUCAGACUCACUGUAAGAUCAAGUAAGGAAACUGUCUCACAAGAAAUAUGUGAUCUGCUGGCAGAUCAGUUCUAACUCAGUUUCAUUCUGACAAAAUAUAUAAAACUUUGGGUUACUCUCAUACCAUGUAAAUUGCCAUAAGAGCCCAAAAGUACAGGUUUUAAAAACAAUUCACAAACUGUACACUACUGUUAAAUUGUCUUGUGUACUUUUGUUUUAUCAUUAGAAAUUUUGUAAAAUUAAACUGCUUAAAUUAAUUAAAUAUAUAUUUAUUGUUAUAAAUGUUUUUAAGAUAACCAAAAGACAACAGUACAUAGUAAUAUAUUUUGUUAUGUCUCAAUUAAAUUUAUUUUCUUAACAUUAGUCUUAUAGUUUGUGUUAUGUAAGUUGGACAAUGUUAGUUUUAUGAUCAACUGCAGCCACUCAUAGCUGUCUGUUUUUACUUGUAAUUUUGCAACAUUUUUUGCACCAACUGCAGAAAGGCACACUUACAUGACAUAAAGUAUGAAAUUUUUUAUAUUAUAUUUUUAAUGCAAUUUUUAAGCAGUGAACAUCAUACUGUUUUGACAAAAAUUCCUUUUUUAUAAUAAAAGAAUGUUAUUGAAUUAUUGUAGUAUGCAUAUAAUGAUCAUACAUUAUAAAUUCAACUGCUAAUAUAUAGUGCAAAAAAAAGUAGUAAUUUAUAUGGUAUAAACUUACCAAAAAUUGUAUAUAAGUUUGAAUAGUUUUGUAUUCAUUGUAUAUUUUUUGUCAUUAAUUGUUCCACUAGUGGGACAAAAUCAUUUAGAUAUUAAAUCCUGCUAUUGUAAGUCAUCAUUUCUUAUCAUGGAUUGAUUUAAAAUAGUUGAACUUUUCUGAAGUAGUGUAAAUUGAGCAAUAUUUAUUUACAAACAUUUUGUAGUUUACAUACCAGGCUUAAACUACAUCUGUACUUGUUUAUCAUGGUAUAUAUUGUUUUAUGACAUAUUCCAUUGGAAGCCAGCACAUACAUGAUAUUGGCAAUAUUAUUGUGUAUGUAAGGCUCUAAUAUAAAUAAAGGCUAAUUCCACCUAAGGCAAUAAAUAAUAUUGCCAGUUUGCAUACACAUAGUAUGAUGGUAAAUUGUAGGCUCUGAACAAGAGGUGUGAAGCCUGUGCAGUGUACAAAAAAUACCAGUGGCAAUUCUGGGGCUACAAGACUAGGCCACCUUGCCUUAAAUAUUGUCAAAAAUAUGUCGAGUGUGUGCAGGCGGCCAUUGAUAGAUUUUGAUAUGAGAUUUGUUUCAACUAAUUUGAAAUAAAUUUUAAGAUAUUUUUUUAUUUACCCUCACCAGUUAAAAAUAUGGUGGAUUUAAAUUGUAGGAAAUGGUAAUCAAUAGAUGUUACUCAACGUUGAACCUCAUAAAAUUAUUCAUGAAAUUUAUAAUGAUGUUACAUAAAAUUAAAAAUGUUAUAAUAUUGUAACUCUAAUAUUUGAGCUACAGUGUUGUGCACUAGCACUUAAUAUGUAUUAUUAUUUAUAUGUUCACUAUAACAUAUUAUUGAAUAAAAUUGUGUUAAUCACAGUGGUCAAAAAUUUUCAAAGUACAGUGUACCUGUAUUAUACUAUAAAAAAACCUUGUACACAGCAUUGCUCAGCUUUUCAUUUUCCAUAUUUUUAUUGUUAAAUACAAUUCUGUGGCAAUUUCAGUUCAAUUUAUAAUAAACAGUUUUCUAAUCUAUCUCUCAUAUGUUACAUGUGUGGAAAGAAAUUUGAUGCUGUAAAGUUGUAAACUCGAUAUGAUAGUAAUAACACGAAAAUGCCAUGUACCUUUCUAGCUCAUGUAUUUAAGAGUUAUCAAAUAUAGACUUUUGUUAAUGUAUACUCAUGAGUAUAGAAUCUCACAAAAGUUAAAGUAGACGUUUUAUUUUUUUAUAUUGUUUUCAUGAAGUAUUUAGAGAUAGUUAGGCAAAUUUAGAAUAGAGAAUAAAUCCAUUGAAUAUUAAAUGUUGUUAUAAAAAUCUGUAGCAUGCUAAAGCUUUUUGCAUGGUAGAAUUGUUUGAGGUAUAGUUACAAUAAAAUAAGUAUGUUUUAUGAAUCAAUGUAUGUAUUUACAUCAAUUUGGUAAAAUAUUACAUAUAUGUAUAUUAUGAAUUAGAGUAUAACUGCUUAUUUAAUAUACGCAUACACUAUGUAUUGUGUGGUUACACUGUGUAAAAUAUAGCAUGAAAAUUCAAGUGUGGUUCAUUAUGAGGAUAAUAUAGUUGUUUGCCCUUGCGCUUUGAAAUCAUAUUGUACCUUAUUAAUACUUGUCUAAAAUAAAUAUUUAACCAGUACAUAUUUAA